AUGGCAUCCUCCGACGUCCGCGAUGUGCUCAACCUCCCCGAUGGCGCUGCCGGUGGCCCUCGCCCCUCCAAGAAGCAGAAGAUCUCGGCGCCACGUCCCAAUCUCAAAGGCCUUGCGCGCGAGGUUCACAAUCUAGGCGGCGAUAAUCCCAUCGCCAUUGUUCCAGAGGUCACACAGUUUAAGAAGCGCCGCUUUGCUAGCCGCAAGCCGGUCGCACGAUGGGAGCUGAGGCCGUUCCAGAAUUCUGGGAGGACAGAUGCAAGUCUGACCUUGAGGCAUUGGAGGAGAGUUGAGGAGGGAAAGCAGCCUUCAUCUACAGUGGGGGGUGGUGAGGGGCAGGCUGGAGAAGAUGAUGUGCCUGGAUCAAAGGGAGAAGAGGAGAUUGAAGAUUCGUCAUAUGCCAAGUAUAACGUUCAAGUCUCGGUGCCUCAGUACAGCGAUGACCAAUAUCAUCAAGUCCUGGAGAAUCCUGACUGGACCAAAGAGGAGACGGAUUACUUGAUGGGACUAGUGCGCGACUUUGAUAUAAGAUGGCCCCUUAUAUGGGAUCGUUACGAAUGGAGCCCGCCAGCUACCAACGGAGAGGCUGAUGCUGAUGGCGACGAGAGUAAGGCUAUCGUCCCAGCUACCCGAUCUCGAUCAAUGGAAGACCUGAAGGCGAGAUACUACGAGGUGGCAUCAAGAAUGAUGGCCGUUCAAAAGCCUGUCCAAUACAUGACACAGCCUGAGUUUGCGCUGCACGAGCUGAUGGCUCAUUUCAACCCUCAGCAGGAAAAGUUGCGCAAGGAUUUCGCGCUCAAUUCCUUUGGGCGAUCCCGCGAAGAAGCUCGCGAAGAGGAGUCGUUACUACUAGAGAUCAAACGGAUAUUGGCUCGAAGCGAUAGAUUCAACGAAGAACGGAGGGAGCUGUAUAACCGCCUUGAUUACCCCCAUGCGGAGCAAGACAUCAAUACCUUCAAAUCAUCGACGGGCCUGCAGACAUUGCUUCAAAACUUGAUGACUGCUGAUAAAUCCAAGAAGCGAAAGUCAAUCAUGGGUGGCGAGGCACCUACAACCUCUGGCCAACCUACACCACAACAGGCAGCUCCAGAGACUGCUAGGCGUGAUAGUGCCGCGGCUUCUACUGGUCCACGAGACUCUGCGCCAGCGGCGGCACCUGCUCCUGGCAACAAGAAGGCUCAACAGCAGCAGCAACAGCAGCAGCAGCAGCAACAACAAGCCCAACAAGCCCAACAACAACAGUCUCAACCACAAGAGCGCAAGAAGCUUACUGAACAAGAGGAGAUCAUCUACGGAGUUACACACCAUGAACGCUUAGGCUCUGGUCCUACAUUCCGGACAGAAAAGAUCAACAAGCUCUUCUCUCACAAAUCAAACCAGCAGCAACUGCGUAUCACCAAUACCCUCAACGAGCUGGAUGUUCCUGCUAAGCUGGCCAUGCCUACAGCGGCAACGACCCACGCAUUCGAACAGCUUCUGGCGUCUGUUAAUAGCCUUCUCGACGCUCGUAAAGUAACGGAUAAGAUUGACGCGGAGAUCAAGCUGGAGCUGGCCAAGAAGGCGGAGCGCGAAAAGGCUGCCGGUCUCCAAGAAGAAGCCGAGAAAGCGGAGGACGCCGAUGGCGAUGCCAAGGACGACACGGCUGCUGCAGAUGAACCUUCCAAGGAAGAAGACAACCAAGGCACCACUGAGGGAGCUGAUCCCGCAGACGAGGAAAAGGGCGACGGUGAGGACGCCGUGCCGUCUGACGAAGCGGCAGCCCAGCCGUCUGUGGAACAGGACGACGAUGAUAACGACAACGCGGCGGACAAUGGCAAAGAUGAAGAGCUAGAGAGUGCAGCUCCUAAACGAAGUGCUAGUGUAUUGAGCAACACAAGCGAUAAAGCUGCAAAGAGACAGAAGAAAUGA